CCAAGUUGUUUUCACAUGAAAAUGCCCUUUUAAAAAUUUGAGAGCAUUGUUUGCAGUUGGGAUUUGUCUAUGUUAGCCCUCAAAACACCAACAGGAUCUGCAGCUGACCUCAGCAGCAGUUCACUUUCCUCAGUUAUACACCUUCCGCAUCAGAUGUGUAGUGCUAAGUAGAGCAGCUGCGGCAGUUGGACACCUGGCAUUUUUCAGUUAGGGAGUGUUGACUUGUUGACUUUGCUAAUAUGCUUGUUUAGGGGAGAGCAGCUCAUUGGUAACAAUUUUUAUUUUCAGGUGAUGAUACACUAAUGAAAACAUAUCUAUGGAUAUAUUAUAUUCUAUUUCUUCUAGUAGAUAGGGACACCAAAACAGCCAAAUUAAUCAUAAUAAUCAUAAUGUUAUGAAUAGAGAGCACCACAUUUUGCUUUCUCUGUCCUCUCCUGAAGGACAGUGGACAAGGUUAAGCUCCACACACAAACAUACAGCACAGCAGACAGACUGUUCUUGAUUUGAUGACAAUUCAAAUACAAAGUAGAAAAGCUUUAGAAACAAUAUUUAGUUCUAUUUCGAAAUAUAAAUAAAUUCUAAUUCUAAUUGCUCUUGCUAAUGUCUGAAUGUAAUGUGAAAAACUACAACCUCUGUGGGUUUUUAUAAUAGUUUAAAAUUGUGUGAAAAUGCAUAGUAGACAAGUAACAGGUAAACAUUUCUUAGGAGAGAACCCCCAAAUCCAGUGGCAGUUAUUUCAUUUCUGUCGCCUAUUGCUUGGUGCACCUACUGCAGUGUCCAUAGCUCUUUUUAUUUAUAAUUGGUCAUUUAAUUGUCUGAGUUUUCUCUCUUUUCUGUCUGGUUGGUUUGGACAUUGGUGGCAUGGUUUUGUUCCACCAGUGUUGUAUGUUGAUGUAAACACAUACACACAGUCAUUUCCAAAACAGAGUAGAUUUUAAGUGACUUACUUUUUGCCACAUUUUUAAACACACACGUUUACUUUAAUUUGAGUAACAUUUCUUUAAAGUAACAGUAGAAAUAAUAUUUAAUACUCCCUUUAAUUUCCUUCAACUGAAGGAUAUUUUUCUUUAUAUCUUUACUGUAAAUAGUUUAUAUUUCCUAUGCUAAACAGAAUGUUCUGAUUUGAUACAGUUUUUCAGUUUCUGAUUGUUCAAUGUCCCCCAGUUAUGAAUAUUGUUUUAGAAAAUACAUUUCCAGAUACUGACAUCUCCAUACACCUCUACUUUCUAAUAACAAGGACUGACUUAUAUCCUAUAUCUAAAUAUUAUAAUAAACUGCAUCUAUAGUCUCGUGGUGGUACUGAGUCGUUUUUCUGAUUCGAUCGUGAAACAUUUCAAACUAUCUUGAAGAUAUCAACUGCAAUCUCUGUGGGUGAGAGAUCACAAAAAUAUCUGCAGGCUUGUUCAGGAACUUGUCAAAAUUGUCAACAAUCCAAUCAAAGUCAGUUCAAUCAGGAGAGACUUAAAUUAAAUAAUUAAAUUAUUCGACAUAAUGCACAAUAGGUAAGAUGAAGAAAUAUGAGACCCCAUCAUAUUUUAUGGGGUUGUGAUGCCAUGAGCUGAAUAGCCUCCCUGAAAGAGUAAAUGCCCUCAAAUGUCAUCUGAUUGAGCUGGAAGAAGAAAAGGAAAAGAGAGUGAGAGUGUAAGUAGUUAGCCGCAUGAAGAUAAUCUUUCUGUAUGAACUUCUGUUACGACCUACGUUGUGGGGUCCAGGGGAAGAGAGGCGCAACAAUUAAUAUUUUACUGGGCGUUUAAAGAAGGGCAGGAACCAGAAAUAUUUGUACUUUUAAACUAUUUAUUUCAACGGAAAUGAGGUCAAACGUUACUCCAAAACAACUUCCUAAAAAGAAAGGAAGUGAAAAAACAUUUAACUAAGCAAAUCAUUGAUCCAAUAAAUAAAUAACGCUAUCCCUCCACUGAGGGAAUAACAGUAACACACACGACGAGCACCACACAGCUCUGCUCCACAGCAGACAGGGACAGCAACAGCGACUCUAUCUGGUGGUUUGGCCCACUGGCCCCGUCUGCUUCCGUCUCAGCAGCUUUAAAACAAUCCUCCUGAUUGCUAAACUAAUGGUGUGCCUAUCCAGUCGGAAGGGAGGGCGGUACCUGGAACAGGGCACAAGACAGCAGAGGCAAAACAUACAUGAGGGUAACCUGAGCUACACCGUUUUGACUUUGUUUUACUUUAAUCUUCAUUCUAGAUGCGUACCACCUGUAAGAAGGGUCUUGUGGUGAUUUUAGUCUGUGUACUACUGCUAGUCUUCUUUCAUUAUUGGAGCCCUUGGACCAGCUCAGCAGUUGACAUACACCCAAGACAGGGAAGUCCGAUAAAAAAUCUCCUCGAUGGGAAAAUUAAAGACAUCAUCCGUGGCUAUAGUGACGUUGCCUACCACAUAAAGGAGGAUGUGGCAUGUCGUUUGGCUCAAAAUACAUGUGUGUGUCUGGCUGAUAAGGAGACCUUUCGACUGCCAUUCUCCAAUCUGAUGUUCCCACGCGUGUGGGCCCACAACCUUGGUACCGCGUUCUUACAGUCCCAUCCUGACCCUGAGGGUACAAAGCGUCACCGAGCGCAGGAAUACAACAGCUUUCAGAAGAGGUCCUACAAUCCUGCAGAUGUGCUGAUUGUAGCUGAGGCCAACAGUCCUCUUCAGUAUCCUACCCAGGGCGUGGAGGUGCGACCUCUCAAAACAAUCAUCAUUCCUGGUUUGGGUCUUAAAGAAGAAAAAAGACCAGACUAUACGGUAUAUUUGACAGCAACACUUGGGACUUUUGAUGUGGCUGCUACAGUGGACAGAGUCUCUGUUAAAGGAGAGGGAGAGAAGCACAUGACACUGUCGAGUCUUCUUCUCUCUGCCCUGAACAGGCAGCUGCAGUUUGUCACCUAUACAAACACUGUGUUCCAUCCCAAGACAGCAGAUACAGUUCAGUUUGCAACUAAAGAUCAUCAGUCAUUUUUCACCAUUAAAGUUGGACAUGCAACCAUCCCGAAACUUUACAACUCUGGAUACCAAGAAGAGUACAAUAUUAGCGCUCUAGUUACCAUCGCCACCAAGACCUUUCUACGCUAUGACAAACUCAAAGAUCUCAUCGACAGCAUACGGCAAUAUUAUCCCACCGUCACCAUAGUGAUAGCAGAUGAUAAUGAACACCCUCAACCAGUGCCCGGGCCUCACACUGAACACUACACCAUGCCAUUUGGAAAGGGCUGGUUUGCGGGUAGAAACCUGGCAGUGUCUCAGGUGACCACCAAGUAUGUGCUCUGGGUGGAUGAUGAUUUUAUCUUCACUGCAAACACCAAGUUGGAGAAGAUGGUGGACAUCCUAGAGAAGACUACUCUGGAUCUGGUUGGUGGUGCAGUGAGAGAGGUGACCGGCUACACUGCAACAUACCGUCACACCAUUUCAGUGGAAGAAGGGGGAGAGGGGGGCGACUGUUUGCAUAUCAGAAAUGGCUACCAUCAUGUCAUUGAGGGAUUUCCCAACUGUGUGGUAGCUGAUGCCGUCAUCAACUUCUUCAUGGGGAGGACAGACAAGGUGCAGCAGGUGGGCUUUGACCCCCGCCUGGCACGGCAGGCUCAUCUAGAGUUCUACAUCGACGCUCUGGGCAUCCUCCACAUUGGCUCCUGUAGUGAUGUCAUAGUAAGCCACGCAUCAAAGAUCAAACUACCCUGGAGUAAAACAGACUCAGAAAAGGCUUACGACAAAUUUCGCUAUUCUUCUUCCAAGAAAAAUAGUAACAUGCAUAAUGAAGUCUUCUACUUCAAGAAUAGGUUUAAGUGCAUGACCAGUCAGUGAAACCCAGGGAUUCCAUAUGUCUGUUUGCUGCCGUAAUGUGAGGAAAAAAGGGAAAUUAAUGUUGGUAAAGAGAAGAAGUCUACUGUUGUAGUACUUGCUGUUAAACAGAUUGGGUGGACAGAUUUUGGCACUUUUUCAAGUCACUCAUGUAAGAGUACUUUCAAUAAUGGAAAUUCACCACAAGCAACUUUGUCUGCUUAGUGGUUUUUUUAUUGUAAUAAAAUCAUAUAUUGUCCCAUUCCUAGUCCUGACAUUUCAGUCAUCAGCAUCUUCCCAUUCUGAAAUUGUAACAACAUUGCUGGUCCCUCUAACGAAAUGAUCCGCCACAACUGAAAACGAGCCCAAUCAAAUUAAAAACACAGUUUAUAGAGUGCAUGUAGGCCUAUAGGUCAGUUUAAAAAGCUGAUGCUGCUUUUGUUAUUUUAAUGGAACUAGAAAUAUAGGGAAGUAUAGAGGUUACACAGUGUGUGUAACUGACAUCCAUAAUCCAUUUUUAUUUUUGUGCUGAUAUUCCUGGUGCACACAAGAGGGACACCUCGCAAGUAAGAGGACUGAGUAGAUUUGGUGCGGGCACUCAUGCCCUUCUUUAUUUUUUUUUGUUCACGAACAAGGGAUGGACAAUCUGUCCGUCACCGUUUUUCACAUUCUCUUCUUGCCUUCUGGCAUUAUUAUUAUUAUUAUUAUUAUUAUUAUUAUUAUUAUUAUAUAUUAUAUAUUUAUUUAUUUAUUUAUUUAUAUAUAUAUAUAUAUAUAUAUAUAUAAUUUUAUUUUUAUUUUUUUUUAUUUUGUUUUGUUUGUCCAAAGUGUAAUGUAAAGUUUUAUGGGAUCAAACAAUAUAAAUCUGAUUUGUCUGAAUUCUGACUUGCUGUCAAUUUGCAAGUGACCCCAUCCUACUGGGCGGGGAUCUUAACCUGGUCAGUAAUGCUCUGCUGGACAGGUCUGGAUGUCCCCUCCCAUCAGAUGGAGCAUUGUCAAAUGCCUUAACAGAAAUACGCAACUCUCUUGAGCUAGCUGAUAUUUGGCGUGUUGUUAACCCUGACAAACAAGAAUAUACUUUUUAUUCCCACGCUCAUAACUCAUAUUCCCAGAUAAACAAUGGAGAUUUUAUCACUCUUUGCUGAAAGAUAAAAAUGUUGUGUCUAUGAUAAAUGUGAAAAUACAGGCGUAUAUAGAGAUUAAUCUUAAAUCAGUCUAGUCAGUACAGACUGUAUGGGAAGCCUUUAAGGCAACUUGCAGAGGCUGGGUUAUAAGUUAUUCAAGUUAGGAAAAAGGAAAAGAACGCAAGGAAGCAUGGUCUGAGUAAGGAACUCAGAUCCCUAGAAUCAAGACAUAUAUUGGACCCAGAUAACCCUCAAUUAAAGAACUCGAUGAUUAUAUAAAAACAGAAUUACAAACAAUUUUACAUGAAGAAAAUGCAUUUGCUCUUUUUUAACUAGGCCGAAGACACUUUGAGACUGGUGACAAGGCUGGUAAACUACUCGCCUUAGACUUAAACAGCAAGAAAACCGGCAGUCAAGUACAAGUAUUAAAGAUGAGGGAUGGUCUUUAGUUUGUGACCAAAACCAAAUGAAUCAAGUCUUUAAAAGGUUCUAGUAAGCUUUAUAAAUCAGACUGCUCCACUAGUGAAAAUUACAUGGAAGACUUUUUCAGAAACAUGUCUUUACAAACCCUCAGUGAGGAAGGAAGGGAAUCAAUGGAGUCACCUGUCCUAGAAAAUGAAGUAAAAUCUGCUGUUAAAUCUCUGUCAACUGGUAAGACACCAGGCGACGAUGGUUAUACAGCUGAGUUUUAUAAAUGUUUCCAAGACAGGCUAACACCAUUUCUAAUGCUGCUUUUUUUUUUCUCAAGUACUAAAGCUUAUUGACACAUUGACAGUUUUCUGGAUAUGGAGAUAUAUAAGAUCAACUACAGUAAGAGUGAGGCCAUUCCACUCAACCAUCUCACUUACCAAACACAUUUGGGUACAUCCCCUUUUAAGUGGACCCCCCAAGGUAUGAAAUAUGUAGGAAUUAAAAUACGAUCUCCAAUUAGCAAAAUUGUUGAUAUAAAUGCACCAGAACUUCUUAAAACAGUCAGGGAAGACAUUAAAAGGUGGACAGUUUUACCUAUCCCUCUGGGGGAAUCAGAAGUCAUAAAAAUGAGUUGGCUUUUCUCAUGUCUUCUAUACCGCUCAAAUAUAUGAUAUGGGUGUACCUAUUUUCCUUCCACAAUGGGAUAGAGCACUUACAAGUUGUACAAAAGUGUCAAAGUGUGUCAGAUACAAACACAUUAUCCAAAUCUUGCUGGCAUGGCUGUGAGCUGGAGGGUACACUAAUGCACUUACUGUGGUACUGCCCUCCUGUUUUGAUUGAAUGUUAUUGAAAGCUUGUCACAUGUCCUUAACAUAGAUAUAAUACCCUGCCCAAUAACCUGUACAUUAGGUGCGAAUAUGGACACUGCAAAACCCCAAACUGUACAAGGUAUUAUUGUCCUGGCUUUUCUAUCAGCUAAACGGAUCAUUUUAAUGAACUGGAAACAACGUAAGCCAAACAGUUUUAGUAUGGAGAACUGGCGCAAGGACUUCAUGGAGUUUUUAUCGAUGGAACAGGCCGCCUCCACUCUAGUAGAGGAUAAUAGGCCAGAUGAAUUGUGGAGCUUUUUUAAAUCUUGUCUCCAGGAGACCCUCCAUUUCCACAACCACCCCUUUAUCCUUUUUGUUGGUUUGUUUGUGUUGGUUUGUUUGUGUUGGUUUGUUUUGUUGUUUUUUGUUGUUGUGUAUGUUUUGUUGUUUUUAUCAAAAUAUUAAUAAUAAUAAAAAAACAGUUUAUUAGUUAUUACUAACUUGCUAUUUAUCAUGGUUUUGCUACUCAGGGAACAUGUCAUGUUCAUAAAAUGUUUUUGAAUGUAUUGCGAGGCUCCAAAGAACAAAGUGACUAAGUGGUGUGAGUAAAGGAAAAGGUUGUAAACUGAGUUCUUAUAUUACAAUGCUGUGCAGUUUCUGGAGUUAUCAUUUGCACUUUGCUCUGUAAGUAAGGAAAUAAUGAAGUACAUCUUAUCAUGCUGGAUUGUAAUACUAUUUUCUGAAGUCGGACUGAAAUUGAAUUCCCUUUCUGCCAUAUAUGUUAAAUGUGAAAACAUUUAUAAGUAAUAUUAACAUAUUUAAGUAUCUACACCUUUUAAAUUGUGUCAUAUUUAUAGUUCAUGUAUCAUUUUAUCAUUUCUCGCAUGCUUUUUUUUCCUUGCUCUUUUCCUGUUACUCAAAAUCCACAUAUCAUCUGAUCAGUGCUGCAACUUCCACCUGACUCUUCUUGAUUAUAACAUGUCAUUACCUAACACUUGCACACUCCCACUGCAAUCCUACACACACACACCCUAAUUUAAAAGACAUACUUUUUACUUUAUUUACUCAUUCCUAUGCACAUUAUGUUGCAUGCACUCAUUGGAAAUCAUUAUAACUCCACUUGUAGACAUUUUGUUGUUGUGUUCUCUGCAAAAUACAGAAAAAUAAAAAAAUUUGAUUGAUUUGAAAAAA